UGCACCCGCCUCCCCAGCCUCCAAAGAACCCCUUCGUCUUCCUUAUCCCAGCGCCCUAAACCCUAUCACCAAAACCGGCUGACCGGCGGGAACCGGAAGUGUGCGCGCCCGGAACGGGUCCCCAGCGGACUCCGCCGGAAGUAGCCAUUGCUAGGGGCUGCCUUCGCUCAGCAUGGCGGCUAUCCCCCCUGACACCUGGCAGCCGCCCAACGUCUACCUGGAGACCAGCAUGGGGAUCAUCGUGCUGGAGCUGUACUGGAAACAUGCUCCAAAGACCUGCAAGAACUUUGCAGAGUUGGCUCGGCGGGGCUACUACAACGGCACCAAAUUCCACAGGAUCAUCAAAGACUUCAUGAUCCAAGGUGGUGACCCAACGGGGACAGGUCGCGGUGGCGCUUCUAUCUAUGGCAAACAGUUUGAAGAUGAACUUCAUCCAGACCUGAAGUUCACUGGAGCUGGGAUUCUUGCAAUGGCCAAUGCAGGGCCAGACACCAAUGGCAGCCAGUUCUUCGUGACCCUCGCCCCCACCCAGUGGCUGGAUGGCAAACAUACCAUUUUUGGCCGAGUGUGCCAGGGUAUAGGGAUGGUGAAUCGAGUGGGCAUGGUGGAAACGAACUCCCAGGACCGCCCUGUAGACGAUGUGAAGAUCCUUAAGGCGUACCCUUCUGGGUAGGUGUGAUGCUGUCGGGGCACACCCAGGUCUUCGACGACGGUCCUCUGUGAUGAACCAUCUUCCGAUGGCAGAGUGCCAUGUGUCAGUGCACACCUAUGCUGACACCCUGGGACAAAUGAAGCAGAGGGGACGUCUUUGGAGGCAUUUGUAUUCUGGUCAGCAGUCACAGACUUGAAAAGCAGGCAGUGUUGAGGCAUUAACUGCACAGCCCCUUUCAGCCUCCGUCAUGUGCUCUUCCAGGAACACACACAGCUUUCUACUUUCCCUCAGAGCCUGAGCAUCAACACUGCCGCUUCUGACACUAAACAUCCCACGCAAAGCCAUAUUGAAUUUUUGCCAAAUGAAAAACGCAUCCAACAAUCAAGUUGCUAAGAAGGUGUCGAGUGGGGAAUGAUAAUGCUUAAUGAUGGAGAAAUAGGUCUCUGAAAAGGAAACAGAAGCGUUGACCUUUGCCCCCUGGGAAGGACUGGCAGUGCACUGAAGGCCAGUCCUUCAGGAGCCUUGCUCACAUACACUGACGUUUGUUAGGGCUUUAGAGAAAGUAGGUAAGAGGUUUUUAUACAUGACAUGUUUGUUUUUUUUAAUCUUUCUGGAUUUACAAGGGGCAUGGGGUGGGAGGGAGGGUGUUAAUACC